UGGCCGCUAAAAGAUACAUCAUAUUUUUUUUUCUCUUCUGCUAACCAAAAGGAUUUUGUCACACCCAGUUGUGACACACAUACAUAUAUUUUUUUUUAUAAAUUUAGUUUAACAACAAAAAAAAAAACAAAAAUGAAAUUAUUUUUAUGUGCCAUUGCUGUGACGCUCUGUGUGGCAGCGACAACAGGCGCAGCUGAGUUCGAGUGCCCCAAGCCGAAUGGCCAGUUCGCGGACGAGGUGCAAUGCGACAAAUAUUAUGUCUGCGAUGAGGGCGUGCCCAAGGCGAAACUGUGCCCGGACGGCCUGGUCUUUGAUCCGCUCAAUCGCAAGAUCAACAAAUGCGAUCAGCCCUUCAACGUGGACUGCGAGGAUCGCACAGAGCUGCAGGAGCCCAAGUCCACCAAGUACUGUCCAAGGAAGAACGGCUUCUUUGCCCAUCCGGAGGCGAGCGUUUGCAACAUUUUCUACAAUUGCAUUGAGGGCGAUGCGCUGGAGAUGAAGUGCACCGUCGGCCUGCAUUUCGAUGAGUAUUCCGGCACCUGUGUCUGGCCGGACACCGCCAAGCGUGAGGGCUGCGGCGAUCCAGAGAAGAAAUCGGAGAGCGGCUUUGCCUGCCCCAAGGAUCAGCCGAAGACUGAUGCGCGCGGCCAGGUGGUCACACAUCCCAAGUAUCCGCAUCCCACUGACUGCCAGAAGUUCUAUGUUUGCCUGAACGGCGAGGAUCCGAGGGACUUGGGCUGCCAGCUGGGCGAGGUCUACAACGAUCUGACCGAGAUGUGCGAUGCGCCCGAGAAUGUGCCCGGCUGCGAGGACUGGUACAAGGAUACCGAUGACAAGAAGGAUUAAGCCAGACGUUAAGCCGCGUGCCACCCGCCGAUAAAAAAUAUAUCAACAACAACAAAAAAAAAAACAAAGCAAAACAAACAAACACGCACUGCCACCCAUCCCUGCGCGCGUCUACUGCAGAUACCCAAAAUACACCCACACACACACACACACACACACACACACACGCACAGUUACACUUGGACAGACCGAAGGACUUACGGAGCUGGAGCCGGCGCCUCCGGGCACUGGCUGGACGCGCGUUGUAGUCACUUAAACAUAGUAGUUUCUAGCUUAUUCCUAUAGCGCCUUUGAGUAGCACUUCAAUUUCAAAACAUCUCGUUCUGCGCUACUCGUUACUUGCUACUCGUUACGCGCUACUCGUUACUUGCUACUCGUUACGAGCUACUCGUUGCGAGCUUAUCGUUACGAGCU